AACCAUCCAACCAACCAACCAAGUGCUUCAAACCCAACAAGACUACAUACAGAGAGAAUCAUGACAGCCGCAGUAGCCGACUUCGAUCACAUCUAUCGAGGCCUACAGCCCUCAAUCGGAAAACUGAGGAUCGCUGCUAGUGGACUCGGUUGGAAGCCUUCUGAUUCUCCUAACAUCGUCACCGUAGCAAAGGACGACAUCAAAUGGGUCCAAUGGAUCAAAGUUGCACGCGGCUAUCAACUCCGGAUCGGGCUCAACAAGGAUCGCAGCGAUAUCAAGAUAGGCGAUCGACGGAGAGAAAGCUUCGACGGCUUUCGGCCUGAAGAUCAAGAGAAAUUGAGUAAUUUGUUCAAGCAACAUUUUCAUGUGACACUGGAAACUAAAGAUCUCAGCUUGCGAGGAUGGAAUUGGGGGAAAAUGGAUGUCCAAGCAUCGGAUCUAGCGUUUCUUGUGGCGGGAAAGCUGGCAUUCGAAGUGCCAUUGGGACUAGUCCACAACUCAUCGAUCAGCAAGACCGAGGUAGCGGUCGAGUUUCUCGACCAAGCCAACCAACCCAAGCUGGAUGGUCUAUCGGGGAUCUCGCGGGUGAAUGCGAAGAAGAGCACGACGGAUCAGCUGGUGGAGAUGCGACUGUAUGUGCCCGGGAAUGCAUCGACGAAUGCCAACGAGGGGAACAGCGAAGCCGACGACCCGGCUGAUGGCGAGCUUUCGGCCGCCCAAGCCCUGCACGAUCUGAUCAUGGAGAAAGCCGAGAUCGGUAGGGUCCAAGGCGAAGGCAUCGUCACCUUCCCUGACGUGCUCUGUACUACCCCUCGUGGUCGCUACGAUCUCGAUAUGCAUGCAGACUUCCUUCGUCUACGUGGGAAAACUUACGACUAUAAAGUGCUCUACUCUAGCAUUCAAAAACUCUUCUUGCUUCCUAAACCCGAUGAUAUUCACUUUCUCUUUGUCGUUCAACUUGAUCCUCCAAUUCGACAAGGGCAAACUAGGUAUCCGUUCCUAGUGAUGCAAUUCGCGAAGGACGAAGAGAUAGAUGCGGAGAUGAACCUAGACGAAGAUACAUUGAAUAGCACGUUUCAACAGACUGAUAAUAAGAUCGAAGGCCAGGCUCAUGAAGUCGUUUCGAUCGUCUUUAAAGGACUGGCUAAGAAGAAAAUCAUCUUCCCACAAAACUUUUCAAGUGCAAAUGGACAAUCAGCAAUCAAGUGUAACAUGAAAGCGAACGAAGGAUUACUGUACUUCCUAGACAAAUAUGUGCUGUGUAUUUCGAAACAGUCGAUAUUGAUCAACCUAGCCGAUCUGCAUUCGGUGAAGUUUGCGCGAGUCGGAGGGGCGCUCCAAUCGGGGCGCACGUUUGACUUGGUGUUGACGAAGAAGGACGAGGUGGAUCUGCAGUUCUCUAGUCUGAGUCGCGAGGAACACCCGGUCAUCGAGUCGUACUUCGAAACUAAGGGGAAGAAGAUCGAGAACGAGAUGAAUGAGGAUAUCCUCAGUAACGCUGUCGCCGCUUUGUCCGACGACGAUGACCUUGAUGAUGACGAUGACGAUGAUGAUGAUGAUGACGAGGGUGGUGGACGAAGAGAUAGGAAGAGUAAAUCGAAACCCAAACCUUCAGCUGCCGCCAACGCCGAUGACGAUGACGAUGAAUCGGAUGAUGAGAGUUUCCAUGGUGGAUCAGACGACUCGGAUGUAGCCGAAGAGUUUGACUCGAACUACGGAGGCUCGGAUUCAGACGAUUCGGAUUCGGAUGACGAGAAUGCCGACCCGGCGCCUCCUCAACCAUCCAAAAAGAACAAGGCUUCUGCAAGCACAUCCGAAUUGCCUCCGUCUAAAAAACAGAAAAAGGCUUGAUGAUCCUUCGUAUCUUCUUGACAAAACCCUCUAUUUUUUCUUCUUUUUUAACUUGUAUUCCUUCCCUCCCUCAUAAUCAUCAUCAAAAGAAAAAGGAAAUAUGUCUGUUUUCAUAUAUAUUUAUGUUUCUUUGGUUGAAAGAUAAUGUCAAGCCUCAAGAUGAACGGGUUUUCUUUGUGGUGGACACAAAAAUACGCCGGACAGUUGAAAUCGUCUACGGUACCUGUGUGGAAUUGUGAGCAUUAAAGAGGAUGG